GUCCCCGCCCCCUGCCCGUCUUCCCAGUCCACUCUGCCCUACUAGGUCGCUGUGCAAGCAAGCGCAUUGCUUCAGGAGAUGAAGCAUAUAGUGAAGGCCGCCGUGUUGGCUGCGAGCGCUACAGGAUGUAAGAUUCUCAGCUCUACAGCUGUAGCACUUUGUCUUCCUACAUGCCGCCGUGCUCCUGCCAUGAUGAUAAAGGACUGAACCUCUGUAACUGUAAGCAAGUCAGUAAGCAGCUCCCCUCCAUGGCCUCUGCAUCAGCCCCUGCCUCCAGGAUCCUGCCCUGUUUGAGUUCCUGUCCUGACUUCCUUCAGUGAUGAGCAGCAAUGCUGAAGUGGCUUUUCUCCAGAGUCCAAAUUCCAGUUGCCGGAGGGAGAAGUUUUUCCAAAUCACAGUCCCUGGAUCAAAUGUCAGGUCCUGUGUGGAACCUGGGUCGGCUCAAUCACGUGGCCAUAGCAGUGCCAGAUUUGGGAAAGGCCUCAUCAUUUUAUAGGGAUGUUCUGGGGGCCCAGGUAAGUGAGGCGGUCCCUCUUCCAGAACAUGGAGUAUCUGUUGUUUUUGUCGACCUGGGCAACACCAAACUGGAACUUCUUCACCCACUGGGGAGCGACAGUCCAAUCUCAGGCUUUCUGCAGAAGAAGAAGGCUGGAGGAAUGCAUCACCUCUGCAUCGAGGUGGACGAUAUAGACACAGCUGUGAAGGAUUUGAAGAAAAAGAAGAUUCAUAGUCUGACUGAUGAAACCAAAAUAGGAGCACAUGGGAAACCCGUGAUUUUCCUCCAUCCCAAAGACUGUGGUGGGGUCCUUGUAGAACUGGAGCAAGCAUGAUUUCUAUUUGUGCAACACUUACUUGACCUAAGCAACCCUUAUCAACACUAUCAGAUGUAUUAUGCUACUGCUUCCACGACUAAAACUUCAAAUUAAUUACAGAAAGAUUAAAAAUAUAUGUACACAUGUGUAUAUAAAAUA